CUUCUUGCUGCUCCAAGGGUGGUAUGCGCUCGGUCCGGUGCACAGCUCAGCCGUUCUCUAAUUGCUGGAACAGCGACCCUUCAACGCUAUGUACAUCAUAAAGAGGAAUGCAAGAGUAAAAGUGCGGCGGAAGAUAUCGAAGGUGAUUAUACGCUUCCUCCGAUUUUACUUUCAGCUGUCGUUCUGAGUUAUCCGAAACAGCUGCGGCAGGAAGUUAAAGGGCUUGCGCGCCCACUGACCCCAGCGCCAGAUUUCGUUGGGCAGGCAGUGGUCAACAAAGAGUUCAAAGAAAUUCAACUCUCGAAACUCAAGGGCAAAUGGGUCAUUCUUUUUUUCUAUCCACUCGACUUGUAA